AUGGCCUCGCCCAGCAUCACCGCGGAUCGACAAGAUGGGCCAUAUGUGCUGCAGCCGUGGGUAGAUUCGGUGCCGCUGUCUGCAGAUGGCUCUGAGGACGAUGUCAAGAUCAACUGCGUCGAGUAUUUCGACGGCAAUCUUUACGUUGGAACUUCUGCCUCGGAGCUUCUCCAUUUCUUCAGCAUCCCGCCUGAUCCCUCCGAUACUUCCGGGCGCCCGGUUUUCAUCCCGGCCUCCAGGCUCUCGCCUGCAUUCGCCGAGAACACCAAUUCACGACCUGGUGUACAGCAGAUCCUCCUAUUACCUCGAGUUGGCAAGGCGUGUAUAUUGUGCAACGGAACGGUCACUUUUUAUUCCCUCCCAGAGCUAAGCCCCGUAUUUGGCGCAAAGCAAGUCAAGAACUGCGGUUGGAUCGGUGGUAUCGACUUGAAUGAGGCGGGACAAGGCGAUGGCGUCACAAACACUGGCGAGACUGUCGCAAUCCUUCUAUCGCUUAAUAGAAAGAUUCAGGUGGUUAAAAUCGAUGAGGACGUUCGCGCCGUCAAGAACAUCGAUUUCCUCGGCAGCACCCUCUCUGUCCGGCGUGACUCCAUUGCCUGCGUGGCAGAUUCAAAGACCUACGCCCUUAUCGAUGUUAAUCGCCAAUUAAAGAUUCCUCUCAUGAAUAUCUCGUCAUUGGAAGAGGACUCUUCUUCUGCAGAAUUCGGGCAUAUUCAAAACAUUGCCAAAGACGCAGGCAGCAGCAUUGGUCGAAGUGCCUCUUCAAACCAGAACCGGCCGCAAGGCACUUCGCAAGGCCAUAACCGAAGUGCCAGCCUGGGAACCACCAGAGUAGAUUCGCCGAAACCCGAGUCGCAAGCACCAUCAAGCCCUAGGCCCCCGGAAGAGCAGAGCUCGACACCGCCGCCCGUUGAUAAACCCCUGCCUGCACCUCCUCCAUCCUCCAGUCCGGCGCCACGGCCUGUGACAGCUUUACUGAAACCACACAUUGCUUCGCCGACCCCAGAAGAGUUCCUUCUCGUUAUGGGCACCAAUCCGUCAGAUCCUGGCGUUGGCAUGUUUAUAAAUCUUGACGGCGAUCCUACACGACCAACAAUCACGUUUGACAUUUAUCCAGAACAAGUCGUGGUUGAUAGCGAUUCAACAGAUGAUGCCGCCUCAACAGAAGAUGAGGACGGUUAUGUCUUUGCCGCCAUGACAAAGGAUAUCAAUGGCGCUUCUCACAGCGGCGUAGAAAUUCAACGCUGGAGUGCUGGCAAUGAAGCGCAUCCCGAAAAACAGUGGUUAGAAGCCGGUGAUUCAGAACUUUCCGGGCCAUACGGCAUUCGUGCCGUCGUCAGCAGUCAGGAAACUCAGUCCAAUGAUGUUAUCGAGAAACUCAGCAUGAGAAAAUUCAUACCCUUCCCAAGCUCGGCUGAAUUAUCCCCCCCAGCAGCAUCUGCCCUCAAGCCCUCAGGCUCUCGAGCUGAUCUCUCAAUAGAGCAGCUGUCAAAGGAGCGAGAGCUUUUUGAACGCGAUCUCGACUCACAGGAUGGAGAGCCGCUUCCAGAGGGGUGGGAGGCCUCACGAACGGUAGAAGGAGAAGAGUUUGCUCGCCGGCUGUCGAAAUCCAAAACCCGCGUCGCUGUAUGGCGUGGCAACCGCAUUUGGUGGGCCGCACGGAAUCCCCUGAUAGUACAACUCGACAAGAGAUUAGAGGCUGCCCGGUUAGCAGAGCAAAACGACACGAAGGAAAUUGAUAAGCGUGCAAUCAUUAUGGUUUUAUCAAUCAUUCGAGACCGUGACCCAAGCACAGAGCUUGAGUUCACCACAUUUGGCUAUAUACAACAAAAGGCUGGAGUAAUUCUCCUGAUCAACCUCCUCCUUUCCACGCCAGACAGAGAGUUCUCUGAUGAGGAGCUAAACGCUCUACAGGAGGUUCUUGUGGAAAGCAAACUUGACCCAAGAGUUGUCUUGUCUCUGAUUCCAGGAGUAAGAAAUGAAAUUAUAGAGGGCCGUCGAGGCAUUUGGAUAUAUGGCGGCGUAAAGGAGUUGCCGGAAGCGUUUCUAGCAAGUCCAGCAUUCCAAACGCUCUAUCAAGGAGGCAUAAGGAGUCUUCAGCUCAAGACUCUGCAUUUCCUCAGGCGCUAUCUGCAGGCUUGGAGAAAGAUGAAGGGCUUCGGGAGUGUAUCAGUCGAGGCUGAAGUGUUCCGAACUGUAGAUGCAGCAUUGCUACUCGUCUUACUGGAGCUUGAUAGGCACUCUCCCAAGGGCCUGGGAAAGGGAGGUGCUGUCAGAGCGGAGCUGGGUGCGCUGGUAGACGGCGGCAUGGAUUGCUUCGACCGGGCCGUUGGUCUCUUGGAGUCGUACCACAGGUUCUUUGCCCUGAGCAGACUAUAUCAAAGCCGCAAGAUGUCUGCUGAGGUGCUAGCCACUUGGAAGCGUGUCCUUGAAGGAGAAGAAGACGACGCUCAAGAGCUGACAGACGGUGAACAGAGGGUACGAGAAAACCCCAAACUAGGUGUGCAAGUCUUUGCAGAAGACAAAGGCAAAUCCAAGUUUGAGCCCACCAAAGCCGUAGAGCUGUUGCGUGCGGAGGCUCCCGGUGCAGUCAAAUACUAUCUGGAACACCUCGUGUUCGACAAAGGCUACGAAACCUACGUCAACGAGCUCAUCUCGUACUAUCUACAGAUUGUCAUUGACGAUCUUCAAUCGCCUGCGAGCCGGGAUCGCGUCUUGGCCGCGUAUUCUGCCUAUAAAGCUCUACAGAGUCCCAAGCCAACGUACAGGCACUUCUUGACGGAGAAUGCUCCCGAGGAUGAUGAGGUCUGGCAAAGCCGGCUUCGACUUCUUCAACUCCUAGGCGGGCCUCAUGAAUACGACAUUGCUGCCAUCAGGGAGCGCACAGACAACCUCUCGGACGAUUUGCUCGUUCCCGAGACCAUCAUCAUUGCUGGCCGAGAGCGCAAACACGAAGAUGCUCUACGUCUCCUGGUUCAUAAACUAGGCGACUAUGAUACCGCCGUGUCCUACUGCCUCCGCGGCGGUGCGACCAUAUACUCCCCCAUCCAAGGCCGCCGCGACAGCAUCCCCGAAGUAGAGCAGCAACGCCGCCUCUUCCAAGUCGUCCUCAGGGAAUUUUUAGCCAUUGAUGAUGUCAGCGACCGAGUCCAGCAAACGAGCGCUCUACUCGACCGCUUCAGCGGGUGGUUCGACAUUGACGACGUGCUGGCCCUCAUCCCAGACCGGUGGUCAGUUGACAUUAUCGCUGGAUUCCUCAUCGGGGCUCUGCGACGGCUGGUGCAGGAGAAGAAAGAGGCUAUGAUGACUAGGGCUCUGAGCGGCACGGAGAACUUGAGAGUAAACUAUGAUUAUGUUGUCAAGAUGGAGGAAAAGGGGCCGACGAUUCAGGAGGCGUCGGAGCAGGAGUAA